AUGGAAGGCGCCUUUACUCAUCUCGGGAACCAUUUGAUUUCCGAUUCCGCCUCGGCCAUCAAUGCCGGCGAUGACCUUUCCACCAUCGACGCCGACGAGGCUGCUCUGGACCGCGAAUAUCAGGAAAGGAACCUGAACCAGCCUCCCCAGGCCCGCCCUCGCCGACGCAGAGCCCGCGACAACGACGAUGAAUCCGACAUCUUCCCCGACGAAGACGACGAUGUCGACAGCCUAGCUAGCCAUCAGAUCAACGGCCAGAAUGGUCACCACCACCAGCAUGAAGACCACGAUAUCGAGCUUCCUACACACGCCUGCGCGUAUGUAGCCCAGCACCAUUCCUGUUUGAACCAAACUGAUCAAUCAACCCAGCUACUGCGGCAUUCACAACGAGAGCAGUGUCGCCAAAUGUCUGUCUUGCAACAAGUGGUUCUGCAGCGCCCGUGGUAA